CCGUCGAGCCAAGCCAAAAGCAUAUUCAAAGCAGAACGCUUAGUUCGGUUCAGACAGCAUUGAGAAGACAACACGAAAACAGAAAAUAAACAAUAAUAUUUAUUAAUAUGAAAAUUGCGAAAUUCAUAAACAUUGAGUACACAUGACGUGAAAAAUAUAAUUGACGAACAUGCAAUUGGCCAAAACACAACGAUUGUGAACGCGAUAUAAAAUCAAUUAAUUGCAUUGCAGCAACAUUGAGUAGACAAAAAACCGUGGAGUGCAACGCAAACGCUCGAGCGUUCAACAAAAAGCUAAAAAAACAGAAAUUUGAAUAACGGUUCAUUUUGUGUCGUUUCUUGUAAUAUGUCACCUGCCGCGACAAUGUCCAACAGCUGUUUUUGGCUUUACACGCUGGGUUUGCUGCUAGUUUGGGUGAUUGUCAUCACAACGGCGGCGCCGCGCGAACAGAAAUCCACCAAACUUGCAAAAUAUUGGGGUAAGAGUCCUGCGCAGGAGCAACGCUUGGAGAGCAGCUGCAAGUCUUUGUGCGAACAAUGUGGCUGUCUGGGUUUCUAUUGCGGCGAGCAGUGUCUGUGUGAGUAUGACAAGCGUUUAAGCAAUCGCGGAGAUAGCGCCAAACGUAACGGCACAAAAGUCAACACACGCUCGGAGGGGGAAUGCAUUGCCGCAAUGCAGAGUAAAGCCCGCAAACAAAGCCUGCCUUUCGAUGUACUCAUACAAGGACCAAGUAGCGAGCGUUUUAUACGUACCGCCAUGAAAUACGAAAUGGACAAGGCGCGCGCUGCGGCCAUGCUGACCCAUGCACCACCCAAGCGCUCCACCAUCGCUAUUUAUCAACCAUAUACGCCUGCGAAGAAUAAACCAAGCAGAUCGAUGGAAGCGCGUAAUCGUCGCUCCACGGAUCAGCUAGAUUGGUUUAGUGAUUUCGCGAAUACUUUAGUGCGUCCUGCGCCGCUACGCAAGGCUGCUGACGCUGGCGGCAAUAAGAAACGCGAAACGCAGCGCAAUGAAGAUGACUCCGCAGGCGAUAAGCCCAAUUCAUGGUUUAGCGAUCAUCCCAAUCGUUUGUUACGGCCAGCGCCUAUUUUCCGGCGACAUAAACCCCAGCAAGAGAUGAGUGAAGAGUUGGAAGACGAACCACGUAACUCGGAGGAAACUGCGAUGCCACGCGUUGGACACCUAAUAAAGAAUACCAUCAGAAAUAUACAGGAAUCAGACUUUGGCGAAAACUUACGCGCCGGACUGCGUGAUAGCAGCGAUCUCUUGCAGAACACAUUUCAAAGCAGCAAUUUAGAACUGAUUCCCAAACGUUUUCGUAACGACUUCGUUGAGGUGUUCGAUACGUGGCUGAAGAGUCAACAAGUCACCGAACCAAGUGUGGAGGUAUCUCCGGUCCCACCGCGCACAUCGCCGCAUAUCUUCCUGCCUUGGUUCCGUCCAGUUCGUUUUCUGCAACAUGUGCAACAGGCGCUUAACUGAGUCCGAACCUCUCUAACACUAGAGCACUUCAUAUACUUAGUA